GGAGCAUCGAUCGCACCCGGUUUUGUAGAGAGAACGAGAUUCGCGAGAGUGGAGCAUAUUUUCGUGGUGAAGACAAACUCGGACGUGCGAACGGAAGGAAGCUAGCGAGUGGACGACAACCAAAACACACUUUUCUCCAGCUGCCAAAUUUAGGAGGAAAAUUCUUCAAUCGCAGGAACCAGGAGUGAAACUUUCAAUUUUCUGUACCGGAAGUGAAAGCCCAACCUGUCGAAAGUGAAAGAAUCAAUAAAGACGAACGGAAGUAACGAAAAGAGGUGACAAGUUCGAAGAGUGUGUGUCCCGAAGAUAAAACUUUGGUGACAAGAGUGUGCUUGUAGGCAGAAGGGUGCAACUCCAUCGAUUCGGUGGAACUUUCCAGCAGUAUUCCAAAAGUGUCAAAAGUCGCAAUCGGAAAGAUGAAAACUUUUGCGACGUGCUUCCUGCUGAUUGGAGCUGUGCUGGCCGCUGCUUACGCAUAUCCAGCGAGCGACAGCAAACACAAUGAUCCAUCGGAUGACACGGAGUACAUCGUCGUCCCCCUGGAACAUCAGAGGCCAACCUACUUCAACCGGUACCCGAGCAGUUUCGACAGCUUCGAUGGCAUUGUGGACACGGACGACUUCCCGCAUCCGGGCCAAAGUCCGGUAUUCUUCCCGUCGGUCAACCCGUUCACGUGGCAGUUCUCGUCUUACCUUGACGAUCUCGUGAAGCGUCUUCGUGACCGAUUCUCCGGUUCCUGGAAUCCGUUCUAUGGAGGCAGCGACUUCUCGCACAGCGGUCCAGGCGUGUGGCCAAUUGAGAUCCCAGAUGAUGAUUCCUCGGAAGAUACCCAGACCAAUUCGACAUCGACUGUCAAGAUCAUCGAUGGACACAAGGUCAUCAUCAACGACACCUACUACACUAAGAAGACCGAAUACGGAACCUCGGUCUACAAGGUGCGCGUAAUCGAUGUCAAGCCAGCUACAGAAGGUGAAACCGAGAAGCCCGCCACUGAAGACAAGCCAGUGGAAACUGGAAAUCGUAAUGGAUCGGAUAACGACGAUGAAACCACCAAGAAGGAUACUGAAGGCGAGUCCGACAAUAAGGAACCAACUACUGAGGCUCCAAGACGUGAUACCGAAUUGGACUCCAGUGAUGAGGAAGCUGCGUCCGUUGACGAUAGCGUGAAUGCCAUUGACCCCAACCGGGACAUCGACGCCGCCAAGAAGGUCGAGGUAGACCCGCUUUCUGAACAAGAAUUCGGUGACGAUUCUCUCGCUGAAUUGAAAUCGGCAGCCCUAUCGGAGUCGGACUCAGUGGAGCGAAAUGUCUUGACCAGUGUGCCCUACAAGGAUCGCGAAGACGCUAGCUCUGCCGAACAACCCGAAGAUGAGUACUUCUCCCCGGACGAAUGGCAACAGCAUCAGGACGAUCGGAAGCGGAUCGUUGUCAGCGUAAAUGGAGUCACCCGGUAUCCUGUGCGGAAUCAGAAUCAAUUCGAUGUUGAUCCAUCGACGGCUAGCGAAGCAAUUGAUCUAUCGAACGAUAUCGCCAUCAACGACAUGCUGGCUGAACAGUCCAUACCUCUGCAUCCCGAUGUUGAAGUAUUCGCUCCAAACCGCAGACGUCCUGCUCAACAGGAUCCCAUGCAAUCGUUCCCCAUGUUCCCGGGAUUCCCUCAGCAAUUCCCCGGCGGAAACCGAUACCCAUUCCCGAAUCAGUUCCCGCAACAAUUUCCAACCCGAUUUCCUCAACCGCUACCCCAGUUUCCACAGCGACCGAUUGGUCAAUUUCCAAUGCAAGCAUUUCCGGUGUUCCCUCCUCUGAACCAACAGCCCAAUCCUGUUCCAUUCGGACAAGGGCAACUUCCGAUGCAGCAGAUUCCCGUUCAACAGCAACCCGGAGGAUUCGGACAGCAAACGCCGAUUUUGAUGAUGACGUUCCCAACUAAUUUCCUGGCAGCAUUUCGAGAUGUUCGACCGUAAACUUGUUAACUACGAGUAGCAUUCGUUAUGGAUCUAUUUAUUUAUUUGAUUAUUUAUUUAUUUAUUCCUAGCCUUUUUAAGUUACGAUAUUAACUAAGCUACCAAAGAUCAGGGAAAAAGAAAAUGCAGGAAAAUGAAGCAGAGUAUUCGUUAAAAAGUCAACCACAAGAUGACACAAAUGAGUUUAAUAAUGAACUUUAAACAAUAAACAACUGACUGACUGACUGA